GGCAGAGCCGGCACUCUUUUUUAGCUUUAUUGCUUAUCGCUGUACUGCUCUUUGGCUUUAGCGCCAUUGCUCCAUGUGGUGCUGCCCAUUCUCACCAAUGAUGCUGUUGCCUAUUCCAGGAGAGAGGCCUUUCCAGUGCAAUCAGUGUGGGGCCUCAUUCACCCAGAAGGGAAACUUGCUCCGACAUGGGAAGCUGCACACCGGGGAAAAACCCUUCAAGUGCCACCUUUGCAGUUACGCCUGCCAGAGGAGGGACGCGCUCACUGGGCACCUACGCACACAUUCAGUGGAGAAACCCUACAAAUGUGAAUUUUGCGGCCGUAGCUACAAGCAGCGCAGUUCCCUGGAAGAGCACAAGGAGCGGUGCCGCAUUUAUCAGCAGAACCUCAGUGAGUCCGCAACAGCAGCAAGCGAGGACUCCAGGCCGCCCAAACCGGAGAUGGGGAGUGAAAGAGCGUUGGUCCUGGAUCGUUUAGCCAGCAACGUGGCCAAAAGGAAGAGCACCAUGCCGCAGAAGUUCAUCGGAGAGAAGCAGCCGUGCUUUGAAAUUUCCUACAACGGUUACUUGUACGACAAGGAGCACGAAAUGAUGGCCGCCAGAAUCAUGGAGCAAAACAUAGGCGCCACCAUGGCCUACGUCAACCCUGAAGUCCUACGCCCAAUGGUGCACACACCGGCGGUCCCCACUGCUGAAAUGGUGUCGGUUAUCAGCAGCCUGUACCCCGUGCCCCUCACACGCGUGGAGAUACCCAAUGGCCACGUAACUGGACAACUCAUGAAAGAGAAGAGGUCAGUGCCUGACAGGGUUCGUUCCCCAAUCCCCAGCGCUCAGGACUCUACCGAUACUGAUAGCAGUCACGAAGAGAGGUCCUCUUUCCCCCCUACCCUAACCGCUACCCCUAUGCGACCCAGCAUUGCCGUCGAGCCGCCCCGGCAGAUUUCUAGAGUCUGUGAGAACGUCAAGCCAAGUGGGCAGUACCAGCGGGACCCCAUUAGGGUGCUGAGCAAGGAAGGCUGCCCCCUGGGGGUGUACCGCUGUGAUCACUGCUGUGUUCUUUUCCUGGAUUAUGUCAUGUUUACUAUCCACAUGGGAUGCCACGGAUUCCGAGACCCCUUUGAGUGCAACAUGUGCGGAUACCGCAGCCAGGAUCGCUAUGAAUUCUCCUCUCACAUUGCCCGAGGGGAGCACCAUCUUGGAAUGAAAUAGCGUGUUUGUAAGGUGUAUAUAUAUAUCUCUGAGGCCUAAACAAUGAACUGAUUCUGAAAACCGAACUUCUAGGUUUCUUCCACCAGAUCGAUCUCAUUUGUACAAGUUGGACAUGGCUUAAAGCAGAGAUCAGGGCCCUUUUGAGCUCAUAUCACGGUUACAGAUACCUGACCAACCUGCUCUAGUUUUAGAGAUAUCCAAGCAGAAACUUAGCAUUUCUUCCAAAACUUACCCUGAUUGGCCUUCUGAGCCCCGAACCUCCCCACCGCCAACACAAAUCCAUUGCACACUAGAUAUCGCCCUCUGCGGUAACCACUGUCAUAAGGUUUAGGAGCCGUGCCGUGCCAUGAAGGAAGAUACUUCA